AUGCGUACUGAUUAUGGACCUCCAAACAGUGGCUUUGGUCAAUCCGUUGCUUGGAUUGAUGAUAAAACAGUUGCAAUACUUCUUUAUUCAAUCAAUGCUCGUUCUUGGUCUCAAUCGGAAGUAUGGACAUUUGCUGUUGAUAUACCAUUACAAAAUCCUCUCUCUGUUUUUCCUGAUAAUCAACAAAUACUAGAUUUUGAGUUUUCAGUUACCUUUUUCCAAAUGGUUUUAUGGUCUAAUAACUUAUAUUUACUAGUUAUUUAUAAUUUUGUUAUACUAGUACCAUCACAAGCACCUGGUUACCAAUCUAUAUGGCACAAUGAUGAAGAUUUUUAUAGUACUAUUUUUCAGUCAGCACCAUGUCCAUCUGGUACAUAUAAAAAUGAAACUGGAUAUGGAGUUUGUACAAUAUGUCCUCCUCAAACAAAAAAUUCAGGUAAUGAACCAUCCAUAGAAUGUAGUUCAUGUUUAUCCAAUUCAUUUUGUCCACUUGGUUCUAUUGAUGAUGUUAUACUUAUUAAUUAUACAUCAUAUAUACAAACAUUCGCUUAUCCAAAUUCACCAGAUAUGAAUAGUUAUGAUGAUAUUAUUGUACAAAAUGUUUUUACUAUUGGUCAGUCAGUUCGAUGUCUUAUUAUUGCACCUUUAUUUUGGACAUCACUUGCUAUAGCAUUAUGUUUUAUUAUUUGGUUUAUUAUGACUAUGGGAAAAGUAUUUAAUUGUCAGACAAUAGUUCGUCAUCGAGAUAAUGCAAAAAAAAUUUUAAAAAAUACUGAUAUUGUAGGAGAAGGUGAACGAUGGAUUGGUGGAUUAUCUUCAUUUGCUAUUGCUGUACUUUUUGGAUUUACUUUUUGGUUUGCUGCUGAUUAUCAUCAACUUUAUCCAAUUGAAACAUCAGGUCCCAUGCAUGCUUCAUGUGAUACUACUAUGCGUAAUGCUAAUUUUGAUAAUGCUCUUCAAUUACCUUUAUCGAAUCCUGAUGGAAGUCGAUGGCCUAUUUUUGAUAUACUUGAUGCACAACCAUUUACAAUGAGUUUAGAUUUAAUAAAUACAGGUGCAGAUUGUGAAAAUAUUAGUAUUCAACAGAAUAAACCUGGUGUAAAGUAUUUAACUCUAUCAAAUUUAUCAUGUCUCAUUCAACCAGAUGAUGUAACACUUACUGUUACAUUUCCUCUACCAGCACAUCAAUUAGAAGUACAAUUAAAUGUAUCAGGAAUUUAUUUUAUUGGUGGAAUUCGUUUAUGUCUUCGUGGUCCUGGUAUUGUCAAUGGUUCCAAUACACUUCAAACACUUGAUACAUGCACAUUAUUAUUUACUACAAAUGAAACAUUAGCUCGUACAUCUACUGUAUCCAUUUCACUUAUCAAAGUAAUUAAUCAAACAAGUCCUCUUCAAAUAGGUGGUACAACUGUCUACAGUGGUCGUUGGGCACCAACAAUUGGUGAAAUUUCAAUUUCAGAUAGUUUAGUCUAUGAACAAGAUGGUGAAUAUCUUCGAUACGCUAGUGAACGUACAACAUUUACAAUAACUAUAAGUGAACAACCAUUUUUUCUUCAAAAUAAUCAACAACCUAUUGUUCGAACAUCUGAACUUGCUUUUCAUACUCUUUUAUUUUGUACACUUAUUAUUGAAUUAUUUGCUAUGGCAUUUCUAUUAUUUAAACUUAUUGGUAAACCACUCAUUCAUUUAUUUCUUCGUUGUGGAAACAAAAAAACAUACGUGACACAAAGAAACGUCAUUCAUCAUUAG